AUGUCUUCACCUUUAUCCUUUUUAUCAGAUUUAAAUGAAUCACAAAGGCUUGCAGUGGAGUUUGAUCCAGAUGGUGUACUACAGGUUAUAGCUGGGCCAGGUACCGGUAAAACAAAAGUUUUGAUAUCCAGAGUUUUAUAUUUACUUAUAAUAAAAGAAAUAAAUCCAGAAUCAAUAAUAAUAACAACUUUUAGCAAUAAGGCCAAAGAAGAAAUACUCGAGCGACUGCAUAAUGGCUUGAUAAACACACCGAUAAAUGAAAGGUCUAUCACGGUGGGUACAUUUCAUGGCAUCUGUUUUUCAUUACUAAAAAAAUAUGGUAAAAACAUAAACGUGGAAAGGUUCGAUGUUAUUCAAGAGAGUGAUCAAGACAACAUCAUUAAAAAAGCCAUUGCAGAUAUUCCGGACCAAGUUCUGGACCGCUGUAAUGUUUAUGGGAGAAAGGUCAAUUUGAUGGAGCCCAAAAACAACGGAGAAUAUGGCUUAAGUAUUAGGUUAGUAAAAAAACAGAUUUCGAAAUUAAAAAACAAAGCCAUUACGUUUCAUGACUAUCAAAACUCAACUGACAAGGAUAUUCCCUUGGAAUAUUUUUAUAGUGCUUACGAAGAGGGUUUGUUGAGAAAUGAAAAAAUAGACUUUGAUGACAUGUUGUUGUAUGCCUACAAAUUGUUGAAAAAAAUAAACUGUAUUCCCAAAGUAAAGCAUGUUUUAGUUGACGAGUUCCAAGACACAAGCGUUUUGCAAAUCCAGUUAAUGUUCCUAAUGGCCAGAGGGAGCAAUGUCCACUCCUGCGGUAUAACUGCUGUUGGUGAUCCUGAUCAAUCCAUAUAUUUAUUUAGAGAAGCGAUGCCCAAUAACUUUCAAGAAAUGGCCAAUGUUUGUAAACUCCCCGUUAGCAACAUACUACUAACUGAAAAUUAUAGAUCUACACAAAAAAUUUUGCAUUUUAGUGAAACUUUAAUGAACCAACAGAAGAAAGGUAGGGUAAAUAGAGUAAAUUUACGCGCACAGUUUGAUUUGAAGUUUGGUCCAAUUUACAUGAAUUUUCCUAGUUUAAAGGCAGAAGCAUUGGGGAUAGUUGCUGAGCUUAUUUACCUCAAGAGCCUAUCCAAUGGCUUUAAGUAUAAUGAUUUCGCAAUUUUGGUGCGUCAAAACAGACAAUUGAUAUACAUUGAAAGGGCACUGAUUGAUUUUAGAAUACCCUACAGAAUCACUAAAGGGCGCACAUUUUGGGAGAAGAAGGAGGUGCGGACUAUCAUGAACCUUUUGAGAAUUGUAUGUUCUGAUCAUGAGCCUUCUGCCAUUAAAGAAGUUUUGUUGUAUCCACCAAGGGGAUUAGGUGUUUCUGGACUAGCUAAGAUUAGUAAUAGAUUCAUGAACGCAGCAAACGCUUUUGAAGAGUUAAAGCAAUCAAAAAAUACACUACCGAGGAACGGAUUGAAAGUUGUGGACGGUCUUAUUAAAAGUAUUGAGGAAUGCAGAGAAAUGUUAAGAGUAAAUUUACCAACAAAGGACAAUUUAAGACUAAUUUUUGAAAAGUUGUAUAAAGACUCGCAAAUGGAAUAUCUUUAUCUGUACCAUGGUGAUGUUAGAAAGGCUGACCCGAAGAAAGAACCAGAUUAUCAAAAUGUAAGGCAUAAAAACGUUCUUGUAGUUAAAGAACAACUUUUGGAAUAUGUACCAUCUGAUGAGUUACAAACUAAAAAUAACGAAAUAGAGUCCGACAUUAUUGAUUUUUUAAAAGCAACCAGUCAGGAUUCCAAUCCCGAAUUAGCUGAAGAAAAAAUAUCAGACGCUACAAAGCAACUUGAUCUAGCUUCCGUUUCUGAAACUUCUACUCAUAUACCACAAAAUAUGGCUGAUGCAGAUAACAAAUCCCAGCUUAAUAUUGCUUAUGACAAAAACUUUAUCCUGGAUUUUAUCAGAUCUGUUAGUCUUUUUGGAAGUGAUACAACAGAGUCUAGUGCAACUGGACUUGAUUCAAGUGAUAAAGUUACCCUAUCCACUGUUCACAAAGCUAAAGGUUUGGAAUGGUCAGUUGUAUUUGUUCCUGGUUGUUCUGAUGGGUUUAUCCCCUCCUUUUUUGGUGAUGCAGACGAUAACGAUGAUGAUGAUGAUGAUGAUGAUGAUAAUAAUAAUAAUAAUAAUAAUAAUAAUAAUAAUGAUAAUGUCACUGCUAGUGAUAAUGGAAAAACUGAUACUGGUUUUUCCGAUGAUAACAAGUCUUUCAAAUACAAAAUUACACCUGAAGAUUUACUGGAUGAAGAGCGAAGAGUAUUUUAUGUCGCAUUGACAAGGGCCAAAAAGUAUCUAUAUCUAAGUUCUAUUGAUUUUAAUGAAAUGAGCGGAAUGAAACUAAACAAGAGUGAAUUCUUAACUAAUGAUUUUUUAAAACAAUGCGAGCCGCAUCAAAGAAUCUUUGAUAAUAUUAAAUGCAUUAAACAGUUUUACGAAUCGUGUGAUGUACCUGUUGAUAAUCCAAAAUUUUCCUUUGAAUCUCUUAUUGAAGAUUAUUCCCUUUUUUUAUCCAAUGAAAGAACAGCAUUUUAUUGGAAAAAGACGCCUGUUUUUAACAAAGCUAAUAUUAAUAUAUUAGAAAACACGGGAAACCAAUACUUGAAUGAUUUUACCACUGCAGCCAAUAUUAUGGAUGGUUUUAAUAAAAAGAAAAAUAUGAUAAAGAAUAACAAUAAUAAUAACUCAACAGCGAAAAAAAGUUUACUUUCCUCCAGAAAAACUUUGUAUACUAAUACCAAUUCUAGUUUUGCUCCAAAAACUAUAGAUAAAAAAAGUUCCAAGACUCUUAUUAUCCCUAAAGCAUAUGCACCUAAGAUUGUUCAAAGGGAGGAUUCAGAACUAGAUUUACUUCAACCACCGACAAAAAUAUGUACUUCUAGAAAAGCGAUUAGAUCUAAUGUUAAUAAACCCACUGACAACAUUUAUAAACGUCCUAUGCCCCUCAAUUUGAAUGUUAAUAAAGACAAUUCUGCUGUUGAACCGUUUCAAUCACCAACAAAGAACUAUGCUCUGAAAUCAAUAACUGUCGCAACUGGCAACAACACAACUAGUGAUAAUGUUUGUAAGUCACCGACUAAAAUAUUUGCACCUAAACCAGAGGAUUAUUAUUUGAGGAGCCCGACAAAAAAAAAGUCAUAUGCACCUGAUAAACCUAAGGAAAUUAAAUUAGAUGAUACAACAUCUUCUUUUACUAAAGAGGGAGAGGAGGAAGAAGAAAGUGACAAUGAGGUGGAUGUUACGGCAGCUGAGAUACUACAUAAUCCUGAAGAACUGCAAAUCGAUGAGAGCCUAAUACUUACGGACGCAGCCAGUUUGGCAGGGAAAGUAUUGCCUGUUAUGAAUAAAAAAGGGAAAAAAAAGAUGGGACACAUAAAAGAAGACGGUAAAUGUGAAAAUGCGUCAGAUGCAGAAAAUCUCAAAACGGUUAACAGCAGGAAAAAAGUCACUAGAGGGAAAAUUAAAAAGAAAAGAGUGCUUGCUCCUGUGGGAAAAGAUAUUUUAUCUGUUCUUAAAAAAUGUCAAGAAAAAUCAAAAAAAAUAGAUACAGAAUAUAUAGAAUUGGAUUGA